AUUUUAAGUUCUUCCCCCUUUGCCUUGAGAAAAGAAGAAGUUGCUUAAACAGUGCUGAUGAGUCCCCACUUACUCUAUUUGGAUAUAUCUCCUGAUCAAUUUCUGCGGGACCAACUCCAUUACGAAAAUCCCACAACUCUCUCUUUCAUUGCAUGUCCCUCCUUUUUUCUUUUCUUUUCUUUUUUCUUCCACUCGUCUCUUAAGUACUGUAAAACCCCACUUUUAUUCCAAUUUUUCAAGAACGGCGAAAAAGAAACAAUAAUAGAAAACAGUGUCUCUAUAUAUAAACGUAGUCACUCGCUCGAAAACAGCCACUUUCUAUUUUAACCCCAAAAAAAAAAAAAAAAAUUCAUCAUCAGUAUAGAAUGGCGAAUCUAUCUUCAGAUCUUCAGACAUAUACGACGAUGGAUGAUCCCAUAACACAGCUAGCAGAACUGAGCAACACUCUUCAUCAUCAGUUCCAAACAUUUCCUCCUUUCUCUUCUCCUCUCGACUCUCUCUUCUUUCAUCAUCAUCAACUUCAGUUCUCAUCUGAUCAUUUCCCCGGAAACUCUCCUGAGAUUGACUUUAACCAUCUUCAUCAUCAAGGGAUUUUCCUACCCAACUCUAAUGAGUCUUCUUCAAGAGUCGUCGGUACCAAGAAGAGAAAAACAUUUACAGAAUCUAUGUCUACUUCGGAGAACAGUGUCUCUGAUCAAACCCUCUCAAGCUCUUCUGCUGCUCGUAAUGGAAAACUUUUGACCAUAAAUAGUUCUUCUUCUUCGAAGAGAGGAAAGAGGUCCAAGACUAGAGAAGAAGAGAAAGAGAGAGAAGUUGUUCAUGUUAGAGCCAGAAGAGGUCAGGCCACUGAUAGCCACAGCAUAGCUGAGCGGGCUCGGCGAGGGAAAAUAAACGAGAGAUUAAAAUGCUUGCAAGAUAUAGUCCCCGGAUGUUAUAAGACAAUGGGAAUGGCUACUAUGCUGGACGAGAUAAUUAAUUACGUUCAGUCAUUGCAAAAUCAAGUUGAGUUUUUAUCCAUGAAGAUUACAGCAGCAAGUUCGUAUUAUGACUUCAACUCCGAGACUGAUGAUGUCGAAUCCAUGCAGAGGGCAAAGGCACGUGAGGCAGUGGAGAUGGGGCAAGGGAGGGAUGGGAAUUCUGUCUUCCAUUCAUCAACAUGGACCCUUUGACUUUUGUUUUUUGCUCUCCUUUUCUUUGUCUUUCUAAUUUGUUUUUUUUGGGGU